GUGUGCGUUGUGCUAUUGUUCAUUCUAGCAAAAAGCGAAAUCCUAGAAAUGGACCGUGGCUCAAAGCGUAGGCAGGUGAAGCCACUGGCUGCCUCUCUCCUUGAUGCUUUGGAUUAUGACAGCUCAGAUGACAGUGAUUUUGAAGUGGGGGAUGCUUCAGGUUCAGAGGGCACUGGUAAUGGUAGCGAUGAGGAAGGCUCUAAAGAGAGUGCAGCUGGCACUGACAGCGACUCUGAUGCCAUCUGUUCGGCAGAUGAGGACGGCAUAGAGGAAGAGGAAACGAAAGAGCUGAAUGCAGAGGACACAGCUACUGAAGAAGAGGAAAAAUCCAAAGAGCAGGCUUCUACAGAGGAAACCGCAAACAAAGAGCCUGGAGGUACCUCCAAAAGUCGGAAGAAAGGCGAGAAAGCGUCAGAGACAGAACCCAACGGGAGCGGUGCGAUCGAGGAGGGCCCAACAGAACCGAAGAAGUGGAACCUCAGACGGAACCGACCCAUGCUGGACUUCACCACUAUGGAGGAACUGAAUGAGAUGGAUGAUUACGAUAGCGAGGAUGACAAUGACUGGAGGCCCACAGCAGGGAAGAAGAAAGGCAAAGCAGUUGGAAAGGAAAAAGGAGGCAGCGAAGAGGAGGAUGAGGGAAGCGAUGAAGAUGAUAACGAUGACGAAGAGAACGAGGACGACAAUGAGAAUAACAGCAGCAGCGAUAGCGAGAAGGAGGAGAAGAAACCGAAGAGGAAGACGGCCAAGAGCACCGGGACAUUUGAUGAGGAGGAAACCAAUGAUAGUCAUAGCACCUCUCAGGGAAAAGGCAACGAGGAUUCCCUUUUGGAGCGCGCCCAGACGUGGAGCUCCCAGAGGAUGGACCACAUCCUGAUCUGCUGCGUGUGUCUGGGAGACAACAGCGAGGACGCCGACGAGAUCAUCCAGUGCGACAACUGCGGCGUGACUGUGCAUGAAGGUUGCUACGGUGUUGAUGGUGAGAGUGACUCCAUUAUGAGCUCAGCCUCAGAGAACUCAACAGAACCGUGGUUCUGCGACGCCUGCAAGAACGGCGUCACGCCUAGUUGUGAGCUCUGCCCCAAUCAGGAUGGGAUCUUUAAGGAGACAGACGCUGGGAGGUGGGUUCAUGUGGUGUGUGCGCUCUACGUCCCAGGAGUGGCAUUCGGCGACAUAGACAAGCUACGUCCUGUGACACUUACAGAGAUGAACUAUUCAAAGUAUGGAGCUAAGGAGUGUAGUUUCUGCGAGGACCCCCGCUUUGCCCGGACCGGAGUGUGCAUCAGCUGUGAUGCAGGCAUGUGCCGCUCCUAUUUCCACGUGACGUGUGCACAGCGGGAGGGGCUUCUGUCUGAAGCUGCUGCGGAGGAGGACAUUGCUGACCCGUUCUUUGCCUACUGUAAGCAACAUGCCGAUCGCUUUGACAGAAAGUGGAAGAGGAAAAAUUACCUGGCCCUUCAGUCCUACUGUAAAGUGUCUCUGCAUGAGAGAGAGAAGCAACUCACGCCCGAAGCCCAAGCCCGGAUCACGACGCGGCUGCAGCAGUACCGGGCCAAGGCGGAGCUGUCCCGGAACACACGGCCACAGGCGUGGGUACCACGCGAGAAACUACCGAGACCCCUCACCUCCAGCGCGUCCGCCAUCCGCAAACUGAUGCGCAAAGCCGAGCUGAUGGGUAUCAGCACGGACAUCUUCCCAGUGGACACGUCCGACACCAGUGCCAGCGUGGACGGACGCAGGAAACACAAGCAGCCCGCCCUCACCGCCGACUUUGUCAACUACUACCUGGAGCGUAACAUGAAGAUGAUUCAGAUACAGGACAACAUAUCUGAGCAGAAGAACCUCAAAGACAAGCUGGAGAGCGAACAGGAGAAACUACACGUGGAGUACAAAAAGCUGUGUGAGUCUCUGGAAGACCUGCAGAAUGUCAAUGGGCUGCUGAGGAGCGAGGGCCAAGCCAUGUGGAGUCUGAUGGGGGGGAUCCUUGGACAGAAACUAAACUCUCCUGCCGUGCUGAAAGCUCCUAAAGAGAGAAAGCCCAGCAAAAAAGAGGGAGGAACACCAGGGAAGUCUUCCAGCCUCCCAGCUGUCCUCUACAGUUGUGGAAUCUGUAAAAAGAACCAGGACCAGCAUCUUCUGCUGCUGUGUGACACAUGUAAGCUUCACUACCAUUUGGGCUGCCUGGACCCACCUCUGACGCGCAUGCCCAAGAAAACCAAGAACAGUUACUGGCAAUGUUCUGAGUGUGACCAGGCCAGCAGUGAUGAAGCCGACAUCGCCAUGGAGACGCUGCCAGAUGGCACCAAGAGGUCCAGGAGGCAGAUCAAGGGGCCAAUCAAAUUUAUCCCUCAAGACAUGUCGCCAGAGCCUAAAAAGCUUCAAGUUAGAUCCACAAGAACAAGAGGCCAGAAGAGGAAGAGAGUGUCCAUCUGCGAGGAGGAAAAGAUUGAGGAACCGCCGCCGCGGGAGCGACGGCAGAGGCAGUCUGCAAUGCAGAAGAAGCCCAAAGCCGACGACACCAGAACAGAGUGCACCACCUGCAAAGGCCCAGGUGACAACGAGAAUCUAGUGAGGUGCGAUGAAUGUCAACUCUGUUACCACUUUGGGUGUUUGGAUCCUCCCCUAAAGAAGUCACCCAAACAGACGGGGUACGGCUGGAUCUGCCAGGAAUGUGACACCUCUUCGUCAAAGCAGGAAGACGACCGCUGUCGUAAUUCUCGGGUAUCUGCUCCUGACUGGAUUCUCAGCGCCCGUCGCAGCACCUCUGAGUGCAGCUACCUAAAAUAUGACAACUGCAGUGGACUGGCUCUAGCCUAA